AUGGAGUUCUUUCAUUUGAGUAACAACUCAUUUCAAGGAGAGCUUACUUCUUCUAUUUGCAAUGCUACCUCACUUGAAUUUCUAAGCAUGUCCCAUAACUACUUCACUAGAACCAUUCCAUACUGCAUCAGUAGCUCACUUCAAGUUUUGAACUUGUCUCAUAACAAAUUUAUUUGCACCAUUCCACAUUGCAUCGGUAACUCUAGCCUUGCUAUUUCUGUGUUGGAUUUGCAAAUGAAUAGAUUCUCUGGCACCAUACCUCAAUUAUUUGAAAAGGGAAACAAUUUGAUGACCCUAAAUCUUGAUGGCAACAUGCUGGAAGGGAAAAAUUCUGGAAGUUAUUGGAGAGCUUGGCAAAUUGAAGGUACUCAAUUUUCACAUAAUAGGCUAAUUGGUGCAAGUCCAAGCUCAAUUGGAAAUUUGAGGAACUUGGAAUCCUUGGACUUGUCAUCAAACAAGCUUGUAGAAAAUUUUCCUUUAAAAUUGGCAAGUUUUGACUCUCUUGGGUUCUUGAACCUAUCACGGAACAAGCUUGAAGGAUGUGUUCCUAUGGUCUCACAUUUUGAGACAUUAUCAAGUGAUUCCUUUAAAGGAAACAAGGGUUUGCAUGGAUUUCAACUUGACACUCCAUGCUACAUCACUCAUGAGAAAAGUCAACCACUAUUACCAAGUUCUGAUACUGGAUUUUUUGAAUUUGGAUGGCAACCUCUUCUGCUAGGGUUUAUAUGUGGAGCCUCAUUUGGAACAUCAAUGUUUUGGGUUUGA